CGUUUUGCGAUAGAAAUGCGGUACGGUCCCCAGAAAUACUCAUUUGUCAGGGCCAUAUUAUUCCUUCUUCCAUAAAUCAUGCCGCGCGACCCCGCCCCGGCGCUUAUCGCCGACGCAACAUGUCGAUGCCUCGUUUCGUUCAAAGACUGCCUUAAAUUAACUGGAACCGGACAUCCGCGUAACAUCUCGUUAGUUGAAGAUCAGUUAGCUCGGUUCUCUCUCUGGGUCACCAAUGCCGGCGUGUUUGCAACCCCGCGAGCAUCACUUGAGCAUCGUCUCCAGGGCGUGCCCGGUGUACAGGCGGUAAUCAUAGGCCUCCUGGAAACACUUCAGGAUCGCCUUCAUGCCUGUUAUGUCUGCCUUUCUUCUCUCGCAACCAUCGGUGCCCACAAUGAUCCCGGUGCCGAUUUCGGUACGAUGGUCCGCAAGGUGGCUGAUGAGACAACGCUCCUCUUUCGGCUCAUGAAUACCAUUCGUAAAGCCAGCAAAGAUGCGCAGAAUUCCCACACAGCCAAGACAUUCGUGUUGCAGGACGAUGAAGGGAAUAACAUCGAACAAACGGUUCGAGAGCUGUUCGCACGCAACAUACAAGACCAAUUCCCCGGCAUCAGUAAUGCCAUCAAGGAACGACUCGUUGCGACCAUGUUACUCAGAUGGAAACGAAUCUUGUAUACCACGAUCCAUUAUGGAAAAGCGCCCACCAGACCCACCACAAGCGUAACGCAACCCGCCAUCAAGCUUCCUCCCGGACUACAAAGUUCCAUGUCGGCCCCCAUGCCAACAGAAGCAUCGGACGUAUCAAAGCCCUCAAUGGCCACUCAUAUCAGCCAAAGCAUUGUGCAAUCGACAACAUUAACCGCCACAACCCCGACAGCCGCUAAGCUCAAGGAAGCUUCGAGUCCUUCAGUGGCAUCAGUCUCGAGGACCGUGUUUUUGGAGAACCACCAUGAUCUCGUAUUUCCUCCUGCACCAGGGGCAUACGCGAGACAGAAAUACCAAAAGCUAGUAGAGACACGCCAGCAGGAGCACGUUGCUCAACUUGAGGCCAUCGGAAUGCCCUCAAGCUUUGCUGGCCAACACAGUUACGAUUCCAAUGCUGAGGUACUCGAAAGGAUCUCAGAAGCCAAUAGGGAGUUCGAGAGAACCUUAAAAAGGGACUGGGAGGACUAUGAAGGGGAAAUGCAAGAGCUUGUUUGUCCUUUUUGCCUCUACGUACUCGCGCCUGAAGAUGUUCUGGAAGAGAAACAAUGGCGCGCGCACGUCAUCAACGACCUUGAUGCCUACGUUUGCCUUUUCGAAGACUGCGAAAAUCCGGAAGAGCUCUACCGACAUAGCAAGGACUGGCUAAGCCAUAUGCGAGGACACAGUCUACGAUGGCGCUGCCAGUCGAAAUCUCAUGGGAUCCAACUAUUCAGUAGCAGUGCCGAAUACGAAGAUCAUCUGAAAACAAGGCACAAAGGCUCCUUCACUGACGCCCAGGUUCACGCGCUUGCCUCAAGGACCGCACGAACUAUAGGACCGUUGUUUCCCUCCUGUCCACUAUGUGGAUUGGAACAGACUGGCAGUAGCUUGGAAGAUCAUAUUAUAGGCCACUUGCAGUCCCUUGCUCUCGAAUCGCUCCCAGCAUAUCACGAAGAUGCAAUGGAGGGGUUUUCCGGAGAUGGAAAGCACAUCAUUAACACGACUACAAGACCGACAAGUCGUACGACUAGCCGGAGUGCCCUAUUCGCAGCCGAAACAUCGGGUGUUGUUGGUGGCACUGCCCCAAUCCAACAGGGGGACGAGAAUGUUACUGCUACCAUCGACACUCCAGAGCAAGAGUCGAGUUCCGGUUCGACGAGCAAAGAACUUACGACAAAAUUCUCGCUACCCAUUUUCCAACACUAUGGUUCUUGGCUGACAGCCUCGCGCCCUUUUUUCUGUACCUUCUGUUUGGAGGGUAACGAGGUCUCAAGUUUCAAAACCAAGCAGGACUGGAAGAGACAUGAGCAAAAUUACCAUGAACAUGGACAAAGAUGUCGCUGUGCAUUUCCCGACUGCGCUGAAGUCUUUGCGCGUAACGUGGAGGAGUUGAUGAGGCACGGUCACACUCAUCCAAAUUUCGACCCCAGAUACCACAUGGACAUCGUCCAGACGCAAAAAGCCUACGCCUGCGGGUUCGAAAACUGCCGUGUUCUCCUGAACGAUUGGGUGCAGCGGUGUGACCACGUCGCUCACCAUAUGCGAGAUCUUGAAGAUUCAAGCCCUUCGUGCUGGAACUACAAUCGAAUCCUUCGGAAUUUAUUAAAACAUCCGGCGGUUAAGGAUACCUGGAAACCGAUCCGCUCGCGUCGCUGUCCCAUGUACCGUGUCCUAAAAUCAGAGCUGAGCUGGGAUCCAGGGGAAACACGGGAUAUACGGCGGCGUUUGGAAUACCACGAUUUUGGAACCAGCCUCGAAGCGCUACUCGAGGAACUUUUCUACGUCGGCAUCCCCGUUGAAAAGCGUCUUGGUCCGACAUUUCCCGAUCACGAUCUGUCCUUUUUUUCUCGGUUUUCUCCGUAUCUUUCAAGUCUUUCGAAGCCAAAGGGUUUCAAGGAUAGUCCAUAUAAUACUGGGAGCUAGGUAGCGUCGGCAAUUCUUCAAUGCAGAAUACCCCCUAAAGGAAUUGGACAAUCCUGCCUCCCAUAGAAC